AUGGUUGUCCUGGUCCGGAAUGGUGAAGCUUCGCCCCCCUGGCUGACAAAGCAACAGCUGCUGAAUGACUAUCGUGGCGCAUAUACCACGGCGCGAACUGUGGGCCGAAAGGCGAUUUUCGAGUUGUCGAUGCACUGCGAACGGCUGCUGGACACGGCGAUAGCAGUUCUACGGCCUCGGCCCGGCGAAGUUGAGGAGAAGGCCCUGGUUUUCCUUGAGGGCGGCACAAAGGCUCUGCGGCCCGAAUUGGUGCGCGAGUGCCUGGUGGCCUUGACGUACCUCGAGGCUCUCGAGGCUCACGAGGCUCAGGACAGUGAGAUGGACUACCAGGUGGCAACCUUGGCGUGUCAAUGCUGCUCACAUGUGACACGGUCGGGGAGCACGCGCCCGACAGGGGCUUCGAUGUCUUCACAUUGUGCAGAAGCCAUGGUCAAGGUCGCAGCACAUCCCGCUGAGCGGAGGAGCCCGACCAUCAAGGAUGUCCAGUGGGUGCAGGAUCGCCAGCACCUCGAGCAGAUUCAGAAGGAAGCCGGAGUCAACGAGGUGAUCAUGAGCGAUUCCGAUGGCUGCAUCACGGAAGGCCUGCAUACAAACUUCUUCGUGGCGCUGGCUGACGGCAGCUUGUCGCCGCAGACGGCCUCAAAGAAGCGGGUGCUUGCUGGCACCGUGCGCAAGGUCGUGCUCGAUGUGGCGAGCGAGCAGGGGCUGGUGGUCAGGUUCGAGUGCCCGAGCCUUGCAGAGGCGAAGCUCUGGGAGAGUUGCUUCAUUUGCUCCACUUCUCGCUUGGUGAAGCCCGUGUGCGAGCUCACGAUGCCAGAGGGCACAAGGCGCACGAACAGCACAGGGGAGCAGUGGUUCCUGGUUCCUUGA